GUGAGGCUUCUGGCUGGGCACGGGGGAGCCGGGCGGCUGGGCCCUGUGACUUGCGGAGGCCGUCUCCCUGGACUGCUUCGGUUGGGCGGUGAGAGGGACCCUGCGCUCAGGCAAACAUGGAUCAAGUAAUGCAGUUUGUUGAGCCAAGUCGGCAGUUUGUGAAGGACUCAAUUCGACUAGUUAAAAGAUGUACCAAACCUGAUAGAAAAGAAUUCCAGAAGAUUGCCAUGGCAACAGCAAUAGGAUUUGCUAUAAUGGGAUUCAUCGGCUUCUUUGUGAAGUUGAUCCAUAUUCCUAUUAAUAAUAUCAUUGUUGGUGGCUGAGUUCAUUUUGGAAGAAUGUUUUUCAUCUUAGGGACUGGUGAACAGUGAGGGUUUGAGAAGCUCAUGGAGUAAAAAUUUGCCUAUGUAUUUUGUCAUGUUUUUCUUCCAAGAUGUUUUCUAUUUCUGAAUUAAAAUAAUUUCAAAGUA